CACACACACACUCAUGGUUCCUACAGGGCAGCGUCUAACGAUUCUGUUCAUCUUUAUUCAUUUGUGCAGCACUUUCUCCAUUAGUUGUUUGAUCUGUCUGAAAAAAGUCGGAAGAUGACGCCCUCGGAUGUUUUGUCCACGUCCUGAAGACGUUCAGCUUACUGUCCCACAGGAGACAGGAACCAGCGGCAUUAAAGUGGGGGGUGUGAGUUUUCAGGACCCUCAUGUGAGGAGGGCCCAGGAAGCUACGAGAACAAACAGGGAGGGGCCCAUAAAGAGGGUCCAGAACUUUGUGCUGUGUUCAAGUUUAAGACGCUGCAGUCAGAGAAGUCGGACUUUGGUACUUGAAUAUGGAAACACUUGAUUUGAACAUUUAUGUUUCAUGGUUGGGAACCUGCUUGUGUGUUUGAUUUACUACACAAACCGGUGGGUCAUUGACACAGUCACUCAGGGAAACCUGAAAGGAAAGGAUCUCGUCAUCUUUUCUGAAUUAAUUAAUGCUGGCAGAGUUAAUCUGACCAGCUGUUAACAUAAUCGCUGUGAUUGUUGGGGAUUAAAGUGGAUUCUGCUCAGGUGUCUGUUAGUGACUUUCUUCUCCUUUGGUCAUCUUGUGAGCUUCACUUCUCUCCUGUUUCCAGUUGGUUUCCUUUUCAGCGAGUUAAGCGUGCAGCCGGUUUAAAGCUGUUGCACCUCGUCUUGCUCUGAGGGUACAAACAAUCUGGGCAUCCCGGUGACAUCUUGUGUCCAUGCUGAUCCUUUUAUCUCCUCAGCCGGCCUCCUCGGGCUCUCAGCUGCUUACGGCAGCACGGGAUUAGGAGUCUUCCUGCAGGAGGAUCAGAGCAGAGAGGAAGAGUGUGUGGGGAGAAUGGAGGUUUGUGUUCGGCUGUUCGGGCUGUUGCUCUGCUGGCUGGUCGUCGUGCCGGUGGUGGCCCGGGUCCGCCACCCUGUGCCUGUGCUGUGGAUGAUGCCUGUGGGCUCUGGGUCAGGGAUGGACAACCUGACCGCCGCUGUGGCCCCGGCCAUCAGACUGGCUCUGCAGGACCUGCAGAGACGGCCAUCACCGCUGGGAAACUAUGAGGUCCAGCUCCAGCUGCUGGACUCGCAGUGUGAUCCAGCACAGUCACUCAAAGCUCUGUUUGACACCUUGUGGGCGGGGCCCAGGUACCUGCUGCUGUUGGGAGGCGUGUGUCCAUCCGUGACGGCGCUGAUCGCUCGCGCUCUGCCGGCCCUCAGCCUGGUGCAGGUAUCUUUCGCACCCUCGCCCCCCAGCCUGUCCAACAGGAAGUGGUAUGGGAACCUGUUCAGCACGGUGCCGUCAGACCGAGCUCUGAACCAGGCCACGGUGAAGCUGCUGCAGCGCUACAGGUGGAGCAGAGUCGGGAUCAUCACACAGGAAGGGCCGAGGCUCUCAGAGCUGAAGAAGGAUCUGCUGAGGCAGCUGCUGAGGGCUGAUGUUCAGGUGCUCUCUGCAGAAAGCCUCUCUGAAGACGCCUGCAGCAGCUUGAGGAAGCUGAAGGACAGUGACGUCAGGAUCAUCAUCGGGCAGUUUGAGGAGGACUCUGCCUCUGAGGUUUUCUGCUGCGCCUACAGACUGAACCUGUUCGGCGCUCGGUACCAGUGGAUCAUCGCUGACGGAGGAGCAGCUGGAUGGAGUUUGGGGUGGCAGGUUUCUGGCUGUACGGCCAACGGCCUGCUGAUGGCUGCUGACGGGUCCAUCAGGCUGCAGAGCAGACAGCUCAGCAACACAGACACACCGGGCGUCUCUGGACGGACUCCUCAGGACUACCAGGACUCCUACCUCAGAGAGCUGAUCCAGGAGGGGUCAAAGGUCAGCCCCCUCCACACCUUCGCCUAUGAUGCUGUUUGGGUGGCUGCCAAAGCUCUCAGUCAGGUGAUGGAGGCAGUGAAACGCAGAGAGAAGUACAGCAUCCUGAGAAACAUCAGCGUCAGCCAGGAGGAGGUCCACAAGAUGCUGCUGGAGGCCGUGAAGCAGACGCAGUUUGAAGGAGUCACAGGUCCAGUUUUCUUUCGAAAUGGGGAGAGGAUGACGUCACUGGAGCUGGUCCAGUUUCAAGACAGCAGUGCUGUCCUGGUGGGGGAGUUCAGUACUUCCACCCAGCAGCUCAGACUCAUGAAGCACCUGCUGAAGUUUAAAGGUCCAGGACCAGCCAGAGACCGGACUCAGGUCCUUGUGCGGCAGCAGCACGUCAGCCUCCUCCUGUAUUACAUGGUUUCAUCGGCUGCGACUUUGACCAUCGUCAUCACUCUGACCGUCCUCUUCCUCGCUGUCGCCGGCCGUCAGCGGCGGUACGACUCGGCGGCCGUGAGGCUGCUGAGGUCCAGCAGGGGAUCUCAGGACGAGUUGCUGCUGCUGGGUGUCCUGCUGUCCUCCUCCUCGGUCCUGGUCUCCGGACUGGACGGAGCGUCGCUGUCCAGCCGGACCUUUGAGUUCCUCUGCUCUGUUCGUCUGUGGACUCUCUCAGUGGGACACACUGUGGGCUUUGCUGUGCUGUUCACCAAAACAUGGAGGGUCUACUUUCGCUUCAGCAUCAGACGGAAGCAGCAGGAGGGUCUGCAGCCAGCAGGCUGCCUGCUGCUUUGGAUGCUCCUGCUGGAUGCGUUUGUUUUAACCUCCUGGCAAGUCCUGGACCCCCUCAGACGGGUGGUGCUGCAGCACGGCUCAGAGAGUGCAGCUGCCGAGCAGGACGUCAUCGUCCGGCCCUACUCUGAACACUGCAGCAGCUCCAGCAUGGAGCUGUGGCUCACUGCUGUCUACGGAUACAAAGGACCUCUGCUGGGUCUCGGGUGCUUCCUGGCCUGGAGCAUCAGGACUGUGCCGGCGGAUCCUCCUGCUGUCAGCAGUAAACACCUGACACUCAGUGUGUUUGCUGUGACGGUGUUCAGCGUGUCAGGAGUGUUGGGAUCACUGCUGAUGUCCCACAAUCCUCCUGUUCACUUCUGUCUGACCAGCGUCCUCAUCCUCUGCUGCAACGCGUUCGUCCUGAGUCGGAUGUUUGGACCGAAGGGCGGCGAGCUGCAGAGCGAAGCAGCAGAAGGAGAAGACGAAGAGCAGCUGAACCAGCAGCUGAAGAGUCAAACUGCACAGCUCGAUGAGGAGAUAGAAACCAUCAGCGUGCAGCUCCGUGAAGAGUCCGAGUCCGAGUCGAAGCUUCCGCUCACGACGAGAGGAGGAAACGACGCAGGUGAAGUCAGGCAGGUGACGUCGAGUCAUGUGGCUCAGGUCUGUUCUGACAGGAAACGUUCAAGUCCACACGGCAUCAACUCUCCUGAUCGUGUGUGGCGCCGUUUGUCCGUCCAGCUGCCGAUCCUCCAUCAUUCCUACCUGCCAGCCGUCGGUGGCGUCCCAGCCAGCAGCUCCAGUCUGUUGGGCAGCCAGGAAGCCUUCGUUCACCACGACCUGCCGAUGACCACAUCGACUUCCUGUACGUCAGGCAGCACGCAGCUGCAGCCACGUUACUGCUGAACCAAUCAGCUGUGACCUUCACCUGCUCUGCACCAGACAACUCUGCUCUCAUGUUGGUCUCAACACAUCUGGGACCAGAUGUGCAUCAGACUGUUAAUGAUUUAUAACUUGAUUUGUAAGGAAAGUCAAACAUAAGUAAGACAAACAUUACAAAACGUGUUUUACCAAUAAAAGGUUUGAUAAUGAA